AUGGUUCAUAUUCUUAAACUCACAAAGGUCCAUCAGCCCAUUGAACUUGCCUAUGAUGGUGAAGGUCUCCGUAUUGAUGGAGAUUUGAAUCCCCGGAAGAAGCUCAAAGCCGAGAGAACAUGUUGUUGUGUUCCCAUGCCUCCGCCCGCACAGGAAGACCCAACAUUACUGCCCAUUCCCAACCUGAACAUCUUAAAUGCCUUUUAUAAUGCCAAAACCAACAUGGUUCAAAUUCACGCUCUUAUUCCCCGGGAACAAGAUAAAGAAGAUACUCCUCUUGACCUAUACAAGUUUAUGUACACAGUUCAUGACAACAAGGAGGAUGAAGCUAUCGAAUUUUGUGAGUCUAUGAUGGCAGAGGUUUACAAAGGUCUCAAGCGGGAAAAGUCUCUCAAAGUGCUUAUUAAUCCCUUUGGUGGACAAGGAAGAGCCAAGGAGAUUUACAAUAGCUAUGUAUUUCCCAUCUUUGAAAGUGCAAAGUGCAAAGUUGAUGUUCAGUAUACUGAAUUCCAGGGACAUGCUAUUAAGAUCGCAAAGGAUCUUGAUAUUGAAGCAUUUGAUGCUAUUGUUUCCGUAAGUGGUGACGGCAUUCCUCAUGAAAUCAUCAACGGUUAUAUGCAACGUCCCGAUGCUACCGAGGCUAUGAAUAAAGUGCCGUUGGGUGUUAUUCCCGGAGGAACUGGAAAUGCAUUGAGCACAAACAUGGCAUUGGAUCUUUGUUCUGUAUCAUUCAGUGAUCACCGCUAUUUUUCCUUCCUCUCUCAGAACUAUGGUAUUACUGCUUAUGCCGAUCUUGGCACCGAAGACUUGCGGUAG